AUGCCUCCUAAAAAGACUAAAUCAAGCGAAGUAAAAGAAAGCAGAUCUUCUUCUAAGAAAAAUGUUAUUGAUUCUGAAGACAGUGAAGAUCAAGCUAUUAAGAAAACACCUAAUACUAAAAAAGGAUCAAAUGCUGCAAAUGCAAAAAGUGUUUUAUCAAAAGAAAGCUCAGUUUAAAAAAGCAACUCAUCAGAUAAUAAAAGAGCUUUAAAAAAAAUCUAAUUAAGUGAAUCUGAGGGAGAAGAUAAAGAGCUUUUUCCCACAGCACCUGCGAAAAAGAAAUCUGCUCCUGCUCCCAAAGAAAUUAUAGUUAAGGAAGAAGAAAGUAGCGAAGAUGAUUAAGUUGUGAAAAUUAAAAAUAAUAAAAAUGGAUCAGCUGCUGCUGCUACAACAACAAAUAAAGUUGCUAAAAAUAAAAAGAAAAUUAGUGAUAAUGAAUCUUGUGAUGAAGAAGAAGAAUAAAUGACUAAAAAUAAAAAAGCAACAAAUUAAGCUAAAAAUAAAAAAACUGACAAAGAAAAUGAAACUAAGUAGACUACCUAACGCUCGUCAAGAAAUUAGAAAAAGAUUUCUUACAAAGAAGAAGAUGAAGAAGACGAAUACACUCCUGAAUAAGAAGAUGAAGAUUUUAAGGAUGAAGAAGUUGAUGAAGUUGAAGAGGAUGAAGAAGAAGGAGAUGAGCUUAACUCAGAUGAUGAUUUUGAAGAAUAAGGCAAAAAGAAUAAAAAGAAUGGAUAAAGAAAAAAUAAUAAAAAAGCAAAUGGAAGAAGUGAAGGCGCAAAUAAUGAAAAAGCUGCUAAAAAAAUUCAUAAGGCUCCAGAAAAUGCUGAUGACAAUCACAUAAUAGAUGUAUAAAAAGAAUAAGGAAAAUUGGAUAUAGAAGAUUAAUAUGAAUUGCCAUACUUUUUAACAAAGAAGUAUUUAAAAGAUGCAGAAGGUAGACCAGUAGACGAUCCUGAGUACGAUCCAUCAACUCUGUUUAUCCCUAUAUAAGAGUUAAAAAAGGAAACACCUCUUUUCUAAUAAUAUUGGAAAAUUAAAGUAAAGCAUUUUGACAAGGUAGUGUUUUUUAGAUUUGGAAGAAAUUUUGUUUGCUUUUAUACUGAUGCCAUUCUGAUGAAAAAGCUCUUCGAUUGCUAUAUUGGAGUCUGGGGCAAAAGACCUGUUGCUAAUAUUUUCGAUAAUCACUAUCGUUUUUAUGUAAAAGAACUUCUCGAAAAAGCAGAUAAGUCUUGUUUAGUUGUAGAUUAAGUUCAAUUUUCAGAUGAUAGAUCAAAUGAAUAAUAUCUUAUUAAAAGAGAAGUUACCUAGAUUAUAACUAAGGGUACUUAUACUGAUUAUGUAGAUAAUGUCGAAGAUUAUAAUGCAAGAUAUUUAAUGUGUAUAGUAGAGAGUGAAACUGAUCAUUCAUUUGGUUUAGUUCUUAUAGAUUGUACAACCCAUCAAAUAUAUUUAGAUGAUAUCAAAAAUGACCCAGCAGGAAACCAAAUUCGUACAAUUUUAAGAAAAAUGAAACCUGUUGAAAUUCACUCAGUCUUUAAUAAUCUUUCUGAAUAAACUAAAAAUAUUUGCAAAACAACAUGCAAACCAUAAUUUACAUUUGAUAAAUCGUUUGAAUUUUAUGAGCUUUAAAGUAUUUUCGAAGAGCUUAAAAAUGAGUUUAGAGAGAAAAUUCCAAUUAAUAAUCCCGAUAGUAUGAAGAAAAGUAAUUAAAUGGAGAUAGAAAAACCCAAGGCCAACAAGAAAAACAAUAAAAAAAAUAAUAAAAAGAAAUAAAGUGAUGAUGAUGAAGAUGGAUCAGAUGAAAGCUCUGAUGAAGAAAAAUCAAAAAGCUUAGUAGAUGAAGAAGAUGAUGACGGAAGUGACAGUGAAGAUGAUAUUGAAAACCUGUACAAGCCUGAAGUUAAAAAAGAGCCUAAAUUUACUUACGGUGAACUUAGCAGCGAUUAUCCUUUACUAUUGAAAGAUAUAGAGGAAAUGUACAACAUAGAUAAAAAAAAAUUUGAGGAAGAACUCUAAAAAAAAGCUAAUAGGAAGCAAAAAAAUUCUCAAGAUAUGUAAAAUGAAGAAGAUGAUGAUGAACCUUGCUUCGACAUAGAAUACCAGUAUUAUAUGAUGCUUUAAGCAUUAAUGCUUGGACUAAGCUACUUGAGAAAGCUGAAAUUGAAUGAUAAUGUAUUUAGACUUGGUUCCUUUUCUCUUUUAGAUUCAACUGUUUAAAAGAAUACUUUUCUCCAUUUAGAUGCUCAUGCAAUAGAAAAUUUAGAUAUUUUCGAGGUCAAUUUAUAAAACCGUGUUACUUCUGAAGGGUCUUUGAUGUCUUUUAUUGAUUACACUAAAACUCAAUUCGGAAAAAGAAUGCUUAAGAGAUGGCUAUCUUAUCCACUAAAAAGUAUAUAGCAAAUAGAAUAAAGGUAAGAAGCCAUAGAAGAUUUAAUGAAAAUAGAGGAUGUAAUUGAGUAAUUUGAUAAGAAACUCAGUAAAUUAGGAGAUGUCGAAAGAUAAAUUAGCAAAAUUUUUAACUCAUCUUAGAAAUCAAGACUUAAACCUACUUCUUUUGAAAACUUCUCAAAUGUCAGAUUAAAAGAUGCUUAUUCUUUAGUUGAGGAUUUAAAAAAUUUAGAAGAAAUUUUACUUAUUUUCAAAGAUUAUUAAGACAAUUUUAAUUCAACUAAACUCAAAAAAUUGGUUACUGUAAAGGAUCCUGAAUAAAUUAAUAAAAUUUUAGAGAGUACCAGAUAAAAAAAUAACUCGUAAACCUAUCUUUCAUAAAAAUUACUUAAUAGGUAAAGCAGCACAAAUAGUAAAUCUAAGCAGUAAAUUAUAGUUGGUAUUUUCCCAGACUUAAAGCCUUUUGUAGAGUUGAUAUAGAGUUAGCUCGAAUAGGAUGAAUAAGGUUACUGCCAACCUAAAUAAGGAGCAGAUGCAGUUUAUGAUGAAAUUGUAUUUAAAAUGAAAAAAAUUUAUAAGAAGAUGAAUAAUGAAGCACUUGUCUGGCGUAAAAAAUUUAACAAUAACUAAGAUAUAAAAUUAAUAAAAAGCAAAAUGUAAUGGGAAAUAUAAAUACCUGAGAAGCUUGUUGAAGGAUCAAAGAAACCUAAAGAACUUUAUCUCACUUCUAAAGUUAAAGGUUAUCAAAGAUUCUAAACAGAUAAAAUAAUUAGUCUAUGUGCAAAACUUAAAAAAGUAGAAGUCUAAUUGCAAAAAGCCCUCUCUCCUUUUUGUGAAAGAUUUUUCCAUUUGUUUUAUUAAAAUAGAGAACUAUUGUAUUAGGCUGUUAAUUGCAUUGGUGAGUUAGAUUGCUUAUGCUCUUUGGCUAAGUGUUCUCUUAAUCUUAAGAUAAGAUGCAAACCAACUUUUAUUCCAGAAAGUUUAAAUAAAAAUGUUUUCGAACUUAUAGAAAUGUAUCACCCCUAACUGCUAAAGGAAAAUAAAAAAAAUUUAGUACCAAAUGAUACAAUUUUCGAAGAUAAUGUUACUUGUAUGCUUGUCACAGGUCCAAAUAUGGGUGGUAAAUCAACACUUCUUAGAUAAAAUUGCUUAGCUGUUAUUCUAGCACAAUUAGGUUGCUUCUUGCCUGCUAAAAGUUUUAAAACAAUUAUAAGAGACAGAAUUUUCUGUAGAAUAGGUGCUUCUGAUAGAUUACUAGAAGGAAAAUCAACCUUUUUGGUAGAAAUGGAAGAGACAGGAGAUAUAGUGAAAGAGGCAACAAAUUAAAGCUUGGUUUUAUUAGAUGAAUUAGGAAGAGGUACAAGCACAUUUGAUGGUGUAUCUAUAGCAUAUGGUGUUUUGAGAUAUCUUGUUGAGAAUGUUAAAUGUCUUACCCUGUUUUCAACUCAUUAUCAUAUGCUUGUUGAUGAAUUUAAACUUUACAAAAAUGUUCAAUCCUAUGUCAUGGAUUUUGAUUACUGCUCAUAAUAAAAGAAAAUAGAUUUCAAAUAUAAAUAUAUUAAAGGUUCUUCAGAAAAAAGUUUUGGUGUAAAUGUAGCUAAAAUGGCAGGACUUCCUGACAGUGUAAUAGAUAAAGCUCAUAAAAUGGAACAUUAUAUGAAUUCAGAAGAUUAAAAUAUAGGUAAUGUUCGUAGAAUUACUUAAAAGUUUAAUUCUAUUAUAGAAGCUUAGCAUUAAAGUGACGAUACACUUUUAUAAUUACUUAAAAAUAGUUUUUGA